AUGGCGUCCUCCUCACGAAGUGGUGAGAACCGUCCGAUUCAUCAGGACUUCAUCGCGCGCAUCCGAUAUUCCAAUGCGCUCCCUCCGCCGCCGAUACCUCCCAAGUUGCUCGACAUACCCAAUACCGGCCUCGCAAGUGGCCAGUACACAGCUCCUGGCUUCGCAUCGCGCCUGGCUCGCGAGCAGCCGCUAAACAUCGAAGCCGAUGCAGAGCUGGGCAUGCCCUUGGACCUGGUGGGAAUGCCCGGUAUUUUUGAUGGUGAUGAGAGCUCCAUCCAAGCACCUGCGCAGGCUCCCCAGCCACACCUACAUGACAAGCCUCUCCUGAGAUCGCUGCAGCAGUUAGGCAAGCCCAAGACGGAUAAUGCCGCCGUCUCCUUUCUUCGGCGUACCGAGUAUAUCUCCUCGUCUGCCUCCAAAUCGCACGGCAGCGGACCUUUGCGUGCCAUGAACACAGCUCCAGCUCGUCGACAAGUCAAGCGAAAGUCGCCCGAACCCGACAAGGACUCUCCGGCCUAUGUCAAGAGAAAGAUUGACCAGAGCUUCUCAAUCGCAGAGCAAAAUCUCAAGGACCGUAGCAGGAUCAGGCACCCUUCAAAGCGCAACCUCAAACUGGUGGACUCCUUUCCUCUGCUGCCCGACCUCGAGGCUUUCCCCGACUCUGGUGCCUACGUCACGAUCAAGUUCCUUACGAACCCCGUGGGCAAGGCCACAAAAUACGACACUCGCCUGCUGAACGGUGUCUUCCGGCCUAUUGAACGAACCGAGGCCGAAGAGCUCGCCAUCCAAGCUGCCCGCGAUGCCUAUGAACGCGAUCCGCAAAAUAACCCCAAGCCGGCAGACAACAUCCACUACGACUACUACCUGAACGAUACGGAAGCUAAUGGCAAGAAGUUCAGGCAGAGGUUCGACGUGGACAACCCCAACCGAGAUGACGAGUCUCUGUAUCCUCACAAGCACGACUCGGAUGGUUGCUUCCAGUUCAACCGAUUGCGUGCCUACGAGACGGCACAAGAGUCGGAACUCAACCACUGGAGCAAGUACGAUGAGGAGCUCAUCAUUGCCUUCAAUGAGGAAAGCACGUCUCUCCACCAAAAGGCAGCCUAUUACUAUCCCGUGAUGCAGCGGUCUCAGAUUCGCCCGCAGCGCAACAAGAACAUUGCUCGCAAGAUUGGAAUCACGGACGAGGACGAGCAGAUCAUAGAUCAGCUGGAUAUCACUGUCGAUGAACCCACGGAGCAAAUCAAGGAUAAGGUGGAGAGGUUCAAGCACGACCCGUACUGGCCUGAGACGGCAGAAGAGGAGGAAGUUGUUAUGGAAGAGGAAGAAGGGCAUCACAAUGGCCACGCAGACGAAGAGGAGGAGGUGAAUGGAAGAUCGAGAUCGCCGCCAGCCCAUUCAGAUGAGGAGCUGGAUGCUGACGGCGAUGAGGAGGACUAG